AUGACACAGGAUGAGGAGCAGCCGCAUGAGCGGUCUAGUCUCCUUGCUACGAGCCGCAAACUCUCGACCUUCUCUGGUUCACAUAUGAGCAAGGAGGAACAGGCACUUGGUGAAACCUCUGUCGGAGAACGACUCCCUUACAAUAACUAUACUACGAUAGACUGGCUGCACGACCUUGUCAAAGCCUCUUACCAGCACCGAGAGGUCCGCGGCCAACCUGGGAUCCGAGGUCGAGUACAUACGGCAUGGGAUGCAAGUCAAGGCUGGAUCAUUGCGGCUAUCAGUGGAUUCCUCACAGCGACUAUUGCUGCCUUCGUUGACCUUGCCGUCAUCACCGUCAGCGACUGGAAAGUCGGCUAUUGCAAGAGCAGUCUGCUGGCUGGCAAGGAUUUCUGCUGCUCAAAUCGAUCGCCAUUUCUGAGUCUCGGCAACGGCGUGGUCGAGACUUGCCCGGAUUGGCACCCGUGGACGGACAACUACUGGCCAUCGUAUGCCAUCUACAUCGCCUUCGCACUCCUAUGGGGCAUCAUCAGCGGUAGCCUAACUCUGCUCACGCGAGCUGCUCUUCCAGCGGCUGAACCUGUCGCCAAUGGUCAUUCCCAUGUUGCGAACGGGAAGGUGGCCCAACAGCCGCCCACCCAGAAGUUCAUGUAUAUGGCAGCUGGCAGCGGCAUCCCCGAGAUCAAGACCAUUCUUUCCGGCUUCGUGAUACCCGGUCUCCUGUCCUUGAGAGUUCUCUUCGUCAAAGCCGAAGGUCCUUUCGUCCACAUCUCCGUUUGCGUCGCACACCUUGUCGGUGACCGUUUUCCCAAAUACGCAAACAACGGUCGCAAGAUCCGCGAAAUCUACGCCGCAGGCUGCGCAGCCGGACUGUCUGUCGCUUUCGGCGCUCCGAUCGGUGGCGUGCUGUUCGCCUACGAGGAAAUCUCGACCUAUUUUCCCCGCAGAGUCAUGUGGCGCGCCUUCAUCUGCUCCCUUUGCGCCGCCAUGGUUCUCCGCGGGCUCGACCCCACAGGGACCGGCCGACUCGUUCUCUUCGAGACCAAAUGGUCUGGCAGCUACGAAGCCUACCACUAUCCCGUCUUCAUCCUUCUCGGCAUCUUAGGAGGUAUCUUUGGUGGACUCUUCUGCCGCCUAAACUUCCUUUGGUCUCGCUGGUUCCGCUCCUUCUCACUCAUCAAGACACGCCCUGUCUUCGAAGUCAGCCUCAUCGUCCUAGCUACAACACUUCUCCAGUUCCCUAACCCUUUGACGCGCGAACCCGGCGACGUGACCAUCAAAGCUCUCCUUGUCGACUGUACGACCCUUGCUCCAGGCAAGGAGUCCUACAUUUGCGCCUCCGAAUCCGACUCGUCCCCAUCCGCCUCCUACCUCCUCCACCUCCUCCACGGCACACUCACCAAACUUAUCCUCACAACUAUUACCUUCGGCAUCAAGGUUCCCUCAGGCAUCAUAAUCCCAUCUCUCGGAGCCGGCGCCUUCACGGGCCGCCUUCUCGGCCAGCUGCCUUUUCUGGCCUCCACCUCCUCCCCAGGUGUCUUCGCCAUGGUCGGUGCCGGCGCUUUUCUCGCCGGGGUGUCGCGCAUGACGAUAUCGUUGGCGGUGAUCAUGUUCGAGCUGACGGGGAGUUUGGAGUAUACGGUUCCAAGUAUGGUGAGUAUUAUGGUGGCGAAGUGGGUCGCGGAUGGGAUCAGUGAGGAGAGUGUGUAUGAUUUGGCGCAGGUGAUUGGGGACCAUCCGUUUCUGGAAGGGGAUGGGGCGAUGGAGGUCGUAAGGAACGGCAGAGGCAGGGUGGUGAGGGAGUUGUGUCCGCCGGAAGAGACGAUGAGGGAGAUUGUGGUUGAGGUGGGCGAGCGAGGUGUGGUAAGGGAGAAAAUACUGAGGGAGAAGCUGGGUCUGUUGAAGAGGAGGGGCUUGCUAGAUGCGGGCUUGGUGUUGGUCAAGGAGGAGGGUGGCGCGUUGCUGGGGUAUUUGGCACAGGGUGAACUGGACGGUGGCCUUCAAAGCACAGAGGAGAGGCGUGAGGGAUUCGUCCGACUGUUGCAGUCAGACACUGCUGGUGUUCUGGGCGUCGACGAUGAUGAGGAGCAAACAGCGUCGACACUGACCUCAGCGCCUAUGGAAUAUGCUGUUGCGAUGUUCUCGCAGCUGGGCCUGCGCUAUCUGAUGAUCACGGAAGAGGUCAGAGUCGGUUCGGAGGAUGAUCCUAACUCUGGAAAGCUCAUCGGUGUUGUUAUCAAGAAGCGUCUGGUCGACUACGUGGCAAAGCUGAAGCACGAGGCAGAGUGA